UGUCUGUCUGUCUGUCUGUCUGUCUCGCUCUAUCUCUCUCUCUCUCUCUCACAGCAAGUUUUCUCAUACGCAGAGAAAGCAAACGCGGAAACGACGAAGAAGAAGAAGACGACGACGACGAUUUCUGAUUUCAAAGUCUCUCUCAACUCUCACUGUCUGAACUUACUUUUAUUAUAUUUUAGAAUUUCGUAAAUUCAACCAAAAAAAAAGAAGAAAAAAAUGAGAAUGAAAUAAACAAGGACAAUAGACCUCCUUGCUUUCGUUGCCUUUGACCGAAUCGAGGACGGGUACUUUGCUUGGCUCAUUCAUUCAUUCAAUUUCAGUUGGUGGGUCAGUGUGUUUGGUGCCAAAAGGAAGAAGCUUUUUGCUUGGUGUUUGAGAGAACUGGGUUUUGGCUUAGUUGGUAGGCUGUGGACUCAAUUUGACUAGCUCGGAUCAUAGUGAGUUGACCCAGAUUGGAAUCGUUGGAGAGGUCUUGCUCAGUGAAGGGAACUAAUUGGGCUGGCAUUGAAGGUGGAUGGAGGUUUUGGGUUUUACAAAUUUUGGUAAAAUUUGAAAUUUUGAACCCUCAAGACUUCCUAGUGUUUGCUGUCAAACUCUGAGACUGGGAUGGGCUGUGGGUGUUCCAAACUCUCUGUCUGUUGUUGGGGUUCAGAAAUUACUGAACCAGUUCUUGAGACCCAUAGCGUGGAAAAUGAGGAGAAGAAUGAACUUGAUUUGCCUGCAUUUCAUGAGUACACAGUUGAGCAACUUAGGACGGCAACCUCAGGAUUUGCUGUGGAGAAUAUAGUUUCUGAACAUGGGGAAAAAGCCCCAAAUGUGGUUUACAAAGGGAAGCUUGAGAAUCAAAGACGGAUAGCUGUCAAAAGAUUCAAUAGAUCAGCUUGGCCUGAUGCCCGGCAAUUUUUGGAAGAAGCAAGGGCUGUUGGGCAGCUUCGGAACAUCCGAUUGACAAAUUUACUUGGUUGUUGCUGUGAAGGUGACGAGAGACUACUUGUUGCUGAAUAUAUGCCCAAUGAUACAUUGGCAAAGCAUUUAUUUCAUUGGGAAACACAACCCAUGAAAUGGGCAAUGCGGUUACGGGUGGCUUUAUAUCUUGCACAGGCUCUUGAAUAUUGUACCAGUAAAGGACGUGCCCUUUAUCAUGAUUUAAAUGCCUAUAGAAUUGUGUUUGAUGAUGAUGGCAACCCUAGACUUUCAUGCUUUGGUAUGAUGAAAAACAGUAGAGAUGGGAAAAGCUACAGCACAAACCUGGCAUUUACUCCUCCCGAGUAUCUACGGACAGGAAGAGUUACGGCAGAAAGUGUAAUGUAUAGCUUUGGCACCCUUUUGCUUGACCUUCUCAGUGGGAAACAUAUUCCUCCAAGCCAUGCACUUGAUCUUAUUCGGGACAGGAAUCUUCAGAUGCUAACAGAUUCUUGUUUGGAAGGCCAAUUUUCAAAUGAUGAGGGAACUGAGUUAGUACGUUUGGCUUCACGAUGUUUGCAAUAUGAACCCCGAGAGCGUCCUAAUCCAAAGUCAUUGGUUGCUGCUUUGGUUCCUCUUCAGAAGGAUACAGAGGUUGCUUCUCAUGUAUUGAUGGGUAUACCACAUGGUGCAGCAGCUAUACCUAAUCUAUCACCACUUGGUGAAGCCUGUGUGAGGAAGGAUUUGACGGCCAUACAUGAGAUCUUAGAAAGCAUUGGAUAUAAGGAUGAUGAAGGUGCAGCAACUGAGCUUUCAUUCCAAAUGUGGACCAACCAGAUGCAGGAGACAUUAAACUCAAAGAAAAAGGGUGACGUUGCUUUCCAUCAUAAAGAUUUCAGGGCUGCAAUUGAGUGUUACACCCAGUUUAUUGAUGUUGGAACCAUGGUUUCCCCGACAGUUUUUGCACGCCGUAGUUUGUCUUAUGUGAUGAGUGACAUGCCACAGGAAGCCUUGAAUGAUGCAUCACAAGCCCAAGUGAUUUCCCCGGUUUGGCACAUUGCAUUAUAUUUGCAAGCUGCAGCUCUUUUUGUACUUGAAAGGGAUGAUGAGGCACAAGUAGCCCUCAAAGAGGGUUGUGUACUAGAAAGUAAAAAGAACGCAACCGCUUGACAAUUACAAACGGGAAUCUCUUUUCCCUUCUAAUGAACUGCUCUUUUUCUGAAAGGAUGAGCACUGGGGUGCAAAACACAUGGAUCUCAAUUUUUUGGGCAAAUUAAUCAGAGGCUAAUCAGUCUUGAAGCAGGCUGCAGAGUCGAAAACAGAAGUGAUACUUCUAUUUGCAUGACUGGUUCAUUUGUUGUCAUCUUGAAGCAUUCUUUUGCAAUAUAUACUAUUGGAUGGGGUUGGUUGGUUUGGUCUCUUUGGUGGGAGUAAAGGGGAAAACUUUCAUUGUUGUUUUUUGAAAAAUUUGCCCUCAUUGUUGUUCACUGACCUGUUUCCAAUACAACAAUCUUGGGAAAUAAUUAUGAUGCAUUUUGAAAUAUUAUAUGUUUGUAAAGGAUCCAAUCUGUUGUUUGUUGUUGUUGCAUUGAAAGGGUGAAUAGAGAAAAAAAGAAUAGAAAAAUGCCA